UCAAACGGAAGGAAAAAUCACGCAUAAACCCUUUUUUCUUAAUCGCCGGAUAAGAAUGGCGACAGCUGUGCCGACGCCGUCUCGGACGGAAAUCAUCGCACUUUUCCGGUCGCUUCUCCGUUCAGCUCGCCAGUUUCCUGACUACAACAUCAGGGAGUAUACAAAACGCCGUACAAUUGAUGCUUUUCGUGACAACAAGACUCUAUCGGAGCCGUCAUCGAUCGCUGCCGCCUUUACCGACGGCAAGUCUCAGCUUCAGGUUGCCAAAAGACAAGCUGUUGUUUAUUCACUCUACGCUCCGAAGAUCAAAAGCAUCAUGGAUAUCAAACACUGAUUUGUUUAAACGGUAUUUGUUUUUUUUUUCCUGUUGCUGUUAGGGUUUCUGGCUCGAUUGCCAUUUCAUUUGCAUUGAGUUUGUAGACUUCCGGAGUAAUGUAUUUAUAGAUUCUGAGCUUAUAUUAACUCUAAUAAUUUGCGUACUUUCUAAUUUACUGGAAAUAUAAGUUUCUUUCAAUUUCCAAUA